CUAGGUCAACGGCCAAGUCGACCGUGUUGCUUGAAACCAAGAUCUGGACAAGACCAACGAUCUUCCCCUCUCCAAUUCCACCUCAGACCAGGGCGCGAGACACCAACUUCUUCGCCAGACGACAAUCUUGCCAUUGUCAAUACCAGGCGACGCCCGAAAGACACGACCAAUUCCCGAUUUCUCUAGCGCCUCGUCUCUGCCUAGGACAACAGCGUCGUCAUCAACAAAUCCCCUCCCUCGCAUAGGGCCAUCUGUUGACUUGUACUUCCAACCUCGGCGCGCGAAGAUCAACAUCACCGAACAAACAAACAAACAAACAUAGGAACGAAUGACCACAACGCCUACUGCGACGCGCCAAAAACCACAAACUGUACACUCUUGACCAAACCACGAAUUCACGCGACACCACCUACACGUUUCGAACCGCCGCCGCCGCCGCCAAAAUGUCCAACACCGACUUCCUCGGCCGCGCCAUCGAGCAAGUGCGCAAAGCCAUCGAAGCCGACAACGCCGCCCAGUACGACAAAGCCUACCAGCUGUACUACCAAUCGCUCGAACUGUUCAUGCUCGCCUUGAAAUGGGAGAAGAACCCCAAGUCCAAGGAGAUGAUCCGGGCCAAGACGGGCGAGUACAUGGACCGGGCCGAGAAGCUCAAAGCGCACCUGGCGGACGCGGACGCAAAGAAGAAAAAGCCCGGGAUGGUGGGCGCGAACGGGGGGUCGACGGGCGGGACGGGGAAGGGGAAGGAGGCUGGGGAGGAUGGCGCUAAUGGAGGAGGGGAAGCAUUAGAUGAGGAUAGCAAGAAGCUGAGGAGCGCGUUGGCGGGAGCGAUUCUGCAGGAACGGCCGAAUAUCAGCUGGGAUGAUGUGGCUGGACUAGAGGGUGCCAAGGAGGCGCUGAAGGAGGCGGUUUUGUUGCCCAUCAAGUUCCCCCAUCUGUUCCAGGGGAAGAGGCAGCCGUGGAAGGGCAUCUUGCUGUAUGGCCCGCCGGGAACGGGAAAGAGUUAUUUGGCGAAGGCGGUGGCGACGGAGGCCAAGAGCACGUUCUUUAGCGUGAGCAGCUCGGAUUUGGUGAGCAAGUGGAUGGGCGAGAGUGAACGUCUAGUAAAGCAACUCUUCGCCAUGGCCCGAGAAAACAAGCCCUCCAUCAUCUUCAUCGACGAGAUCGACGCGCUCUGCGGUCCGCGCGGGGAAGGCGAGUCGGAAGCCUCGCGCAGGAUAAAAACCGAACUUUUGGUCCAAAUGGACGGUGUCGGCAAAGACAGCAAGGGCGUUUUGAUUCUGGGCGCGACCAACAUCCCCUGGCAGCUGGACGCCGCCAUCCGCCGCCGCUUCCAGCGCCGCGUGCACAUCACUCUGCCCGAUCUGGCGGCGCGCACGACCAUGUUCCGGCUGGCGGUGGGCGACACCAACACGGCCCUGAAUUCGGAAGACUUUCGCGAGCUGGCGAGGGCGGCGGAGGGCUAUUCGGGUUCGGAUAUCAGUAUUGUGGUGCAGGAUGCGCUGAUGCAGCCGGUGAGGAAGAUUCAGCAGGCUACGCAUUUUAAGAAGGUAGUCCACGAAGGCAAGCAAAUGCUCACCCCCUGCUCGCCAGGCGACCCGGACGCCAUCGAAAUGACGUGGGAGCAGGUACCCUCGGACGAGCUGCUCGAGCCGUUUGUCGACAAGAAGGACUUUAUCAAGGCCAUCAAGGCCAGCAGGCCGACUGUGUCGGCGGAAGAUCUGCACAGGAAUGAGGAGUGGACAAAGGAGUUUGGUAGUGAGGGUGCGUAAGAGAUGCCUGCCGCAGUGUAGUGGGGGGUGUGGUCAAUUGUUCGUGUGGUUUAUUUUUGUUCUUUGGUGGUUCUCCCAUGGAAAGCGAAGGAGUAGUGUACAGAGGGCGGCGGGUAUCUGGAUGUUUUAGGUACUUUUUACUUUGGGGCUCACUUUCGCCCCUAUUUAUGUUAGUAGCACAUAGCGUGCGGUAUGCACAUGUUUGUUAUGAAGACUUACUUGAUGAUGACGAUAUUAUUCUGGUGAGGAAAUCAGGGGAAGGCGUGUCGGUGGGCGUUUUGCGAUCUGCAUGCGAUGUUGGAAGAGUACAUAGAAUCAUGACAUAUCACACCAACAAGGUAAAGACGUUUCGUUCGUUUAAUGAGCCUUUGUU